ACAAGAUCAACAUUAGCUUCGUGGAAGUGCUAAUUGUGCGCAACGAUAUGGUUAUCCAUACACGGAAAAAAUGUGUUUAUUUUUGUGCAUACUUUUCUUUGUGGUACUGAAUAAACCUCCACAAUGUUAUGCCAUUAAAGGGAAUUCCGGACGCACUGGACGUGCCGUGGGUCAUAGCGAACAAUACAUCAAACAGAUAUUUUAUAACCAUGCGAACUGUAUUCAUUCUGAUUGGGCUUGUAAUGAGGAGUGUCGCUUGGAAUAUGUAAAUCGUACUACCGGAUUAUGCAUUUCACCAUCUCCAACAGAAACUUGCUUUGGAAUACCCAUCCGCUACAAUUAUACCUUUGAAACUGCGAAUGUCAUAGCUACAUUGUCAAAAUAUGAAGUUCUCUGCAAAUUCCCUCGAUGUUGGUCAGUAUUGGGGCCUUUGCUGUGUGCUGUGGCGUAUAGGCCAUGCUCUAAUCGAGCGUAUUUCGAAGUUUCAAUGGACAAGCCAGGCAAAAUUGAAUUAUGGCAAGUGUUUCGGAAGGAUAUGUGUCAGCAAGCAGUUGAAAAAUGUGACUUCCUCUUGGAAAAUGGUCUCUGGCCUAGUUUUGUCAACUGUUCAGAUACGAUCAAAGCGAAGAACGGAAGACGGAUUUUUUCGGAUGGGUCUUGCACGAUGCCUUAUGACAAAGAACCCUCAAAGAUGGAACUAAAGCAGUGCCUCUGGCCUUUGGUUGGUGGAAUAAGUCAUAGUAAGCCAAUGGCUCGACCGCUUAUCGAUGAUUGUUAUCUUCCGUGCAGGUCACCUCUAAUUAGCUCAAAGUGGUUAUACGAUGGUUUCAGGACGUUAAUUUUCUCCUUUUCUUUAUUUAUUGUUGUUGGUGGUCUAGUGUGUACGCUUUAUUUGUUCAUCUUCUCACUUCUCUUCACGAGUGAUCUUUGCGUUUAUUCAUUAACCCAUGCACUUUUAUGUGCAUCAGUUCAUUGGUUCAUAUGGUUACUGAGUUAUGCUGAUCGAGUGGCAGAACGUGCAAUGUGUUUCGAUAUGUUAAGACGUGAUGCAAAAGUUUUAAGAGGUUUAUUAGAUUGGUGCAGCAUUCAGUUUUGGCUUUUACAUACUGCGAUAUUAUCUGGCUUCUUUUGGUUACUGAUUGCAUUAGCAAUUCAAAUCGGUCGACCAAAAUUCAGUUCUGACCAAACAAUUAAAUGGAAUAAGCAUAAUCACCUUAAUUUGCGCUGCUUUUUUCUUAUUUGUUAUUUGGCGGCUGGUUCACUGGCUACAAUUGCAUUAUGGACAGAUGCUAUUGAAACGGAUGGUAUCACCGGUGUUUGUUAUUUCGGAUUUCACACGGUAAGAAGUGCGGCAAAUCUAUAUGGUCCGGUUUUGGCCACUUUUAUCGUGUUUUUGCUUGCAUUUCUUUAUUUUCGCAAAUAUGAUAAAGAUAACACGACAAUCGAAACUUCAAAUGGAUCGAAAAAACGAGACCAAAUAGCACUUGUUGUGGACCACGCUGAUGAUCAUAUGGGAUUAUUUGGUCGUGAUGAUGCUAAGAAAAACGCCUACUCACAAAUGGCUUCCUUUUGGCGAAGUCUAUUUUGCAUUACUACCAGUCUCUCGUUUGUCUCAGUUGUAAUACUUCUUCACUACAGCUUUUUUAGUGGUACUAUUUCGGAACAAAAAGUUAUUCUGGAUUCCGUGAGAUGUUCCCUAAACAAAACAAUUAUGGAAGGGCAGACAGGAUGGUUGCAUGGAAUGAUGCGUGAUUUGAAAUCGGAUACUUUUUCGAGGCUAACAUCUAUCGGCAACAGUUUUUUGAGUGCUCCUGGUUGCGAACUGCCAUUAAGCGUGGAUGAUCAAUUAUUGCCUAUAUUUCUGGUGUACUUUUUCUUCCCUUCGCUUCCAUUUGUCACUGUUAUCAUUUACGUGUUGGCUGGAUUCUGUGGCUAUGGGAUGAUUGGUAUUGAAAAAGUGCGGAACAAGUUCAAUCCGUUUGUUUUGGCGAAAUGCUCAGAAUUCACACCAACAACGGAAAAGCAACAACCUGAUGAUGCGCUGAUUACCGAUACAUUUAAUUCUUGUGCCAAAAUGGAUCGGUCGCAAGAAGUAUCUUACAAGAACUGUGAAAAUAUUAAACAUUCGGAAAAUAACGACGAAGAAUCUCUCGACACAUUUCCUACGGAAUUAAAAAUUAGGAGAUUGGAUGUUUUACAAAGGAGUAGAGAAAGAAGAAGACGCCAAAUGGAAAAUGGUUACUAUUUUACGCUAAAUUCAGAAGAUUUAACCGCUCAUGCAAUACUCUGUCGCUUACAAGUGCCGUUGCAGACGACAUCCGUCCUUUCUGCUUAUCAAAGCGGUCUUAUCGAAGGUCACUGGCGUGAACGAUGCGUAAAUUAUGAGAAGCAAAUCAAGGCACUUUCAGCUAAUUUACGCGUUGCGGAUCAUGAAAUACGACGACUUGCUGGUUUGGAAAUCUCGGAAUCUAUGAUUUCGUCAAGGAAACGAAAAUUUCCAUUUGCAGCUGGUCCAGUUGGUAUGAAUUACUCAUCUGCUGCUGUCGCUGCAAAUCGAAUUCCAUUGAUUUCCACUAAGAUCAGGUUGCAGAAUAGUCUAAGUGAUACGAGGAGUUUAGUUGUUGAUAGUGCAAAUCAUGCAAGUAAUCUAAGAACUGAAAAUGUGGUCCCUUCUGAAAUAUGCGCUAGUUCACGGGAUGUUCAUAUGCAACACAAAUUUCACAUCGAUAAAGAAAAUGAAACGAUGAUGUGUCAGGCGUCAUCUUUAAAACCUCGCACUUUCUUUGGUACAUCAGUCAUGCAAGUUCCAUCAGAUGAGACUGCAGAUGCUGGUCAGCUUUCGGAAAGUUAUCAUGGUAGUGAUAGUUUCAAUUCCGAUGAUGAAGAUUCUGAAGAGGAAAGAUUGUACAAUGAAAAGGCAAGUGUGAACUUUCAAAAUUAUUUGCUAGACAUGGAUGACAUAUUUUGGAGUUUUUCAUUAUUUAUUCAUCUGUAUUAG